AUGUCCUUUAAUGAACAGCAGUGCAAGCAGCCAUGUGUGCCUCCUCCAUGUCUUCAAAAGUCCCAAGAGCAGUGCCAGGCAAAUGCUGAGGAAGUGUGCCUUCCCCCAUGCCAGGACCCCUGCCAGGAGAAGUGCCCAGUGCAAGUUCAGGAGGUUUGUCUUCCUCAGUGCCAGGGAUUAUGCCAAGAAAGUUGCCCACAGCAAAGCCAAGACCAAUGCCCAUCUCAGUGUGUGGAGCCAUGCCAGGAGCUAUCUCAGACAAAAUGUGUGGAAGUUUGUCCACAGAAAGUCCAGGAGAAGUGCUUGCCCCCUGGCAAGGGAAAGUAA